CUGCUGGACUUAGAUUAUUUAAGCUCACACAGAGAGGACAAGAGGGAAACUUCAAUAUAAAGUUUUGACAAUAAAGCAUAUAACAGUUGUAUGUUACAUAAUAUUACUUUGAGUUUAUUUAGAUGAAAUAACGAAAUGGACAUUACUGAUAUAAUUUGAAACAUAAAUAAUUUUACAUAAAAUGUCUGAUUACAGAUCUAAACUGGAUGAUACAAAAUUCCAUAAUUGGAUAAAAACUGGUUUAGCAUUACUAUACACAAAAGAGGGACUUCGUGAUAUUGUUUUAGAGGAAAUAGAAAAAUUCAAGCAAAGAACAUUUCAAGACAUUUUAGCGAGACUGAAUCUACCUAAAGAUAGUAGUUGCAUCGAGUGUUCAACAGGGCAGCUUGUGAGGAAAGAAUGUUCAGAAUCUCAUGAAUGUCCUCAAAGUGGAUUAUGCGAAAAGUUUAGAGAUGAGAUUAGGCUGGCACACAAGCACAAUAAACCUUCUUGGAGAAAUACAGAUGCUAGAAAAUGGUGUAACGAUUCUUGGCAAAUUGCCAAGUGUUUUAUGCCCAGGGAAGGGUAUAAGGAUAAAAAUUCAUUUAUGGAAACUGAUUUCAAUGGAAUCAUAAGCGUAAUACUAAAUUACAAACCAUUCCAAGAUAAAGUGAAAGAGGACUUGACACAGAAAAGCAAUGCAUUUGAAGAGGCAAGACGUAUGUCAAGAGAGUUUCGGCAUUCAGCGACGUGUGAAGUAAGUGACGAUGAAUUUACAGAAUAUUCACGUAUUCUAGAAACGAUACUUACAGACCCAAAGUAUUUAUCAUCAAAGGCAUCAACAAAAGCAGCAUUGCAAAACAUAGCAAAGUUGAAAGAAGAGUCAUGGACAAUAACUUUCAUCGUUAAAGAUUUAAGAUCGUUGUUCAAUGCAGAACUUGGAUUAUAUGCAAACAACACUUCAGUUUGUCGGGCUUUGGAGCACUUGUAUAACAAACUUGACGAUGUAAAAAGGGCAAUCGAGCAACUAAAGAUGCCAUUGUGCCAUUUGGCAUCGUUACAAGAUGCAGAUUUUGCCAAACGGCUUAUUGAAGUAUAUCAAGAUCAGUUUUCGACAUUACCAAUUUCUGCUUUGUUAGAAGAAGAAGAUGCUCAACUGCUAGAGUUUUUUGUUCAACCUACUUUGAAGCAAGUAGAUCAUCAUAAUGUCAAAAGUAAAAGUGCGAUCAUUAAAUCAUAUAAAGAUAUCUUUUCAAAAGGUGGACAACCUUGUAGAAAUAUUUAUAUCACGGGAGAGGCUGGAAUAGGCAAAACAGCAUUCUGUCAACGAAUGGUUUUGACAUGGUGCCAUGCUAAAUCUGGCAAGACAGAAAAUCACAACUUUUUGAAAGAAGAUAUUGAUGCUUUAAAACAAUUUAGUUUCUUGUUUUACGUUUCCCUUAGAGAAACAAGAUUAUGUCACGUGAAAGAGAUGAUUGAACAACAAUUGCAAGUAUUAGCAGAUACUCAUCAUAUUGGACAAAUCUUAGAAAACCAAGUCUGCUUAAUUAUUCUUGAUGGGCUUGAUGAAUGGACUCACCCAACAAUACAGGAUACAUGUCCAAAUAAUCAAAAGCUGCCUCAUCGUCUGCCGUCCAGGAACUGCAUUUUCAUCACUACAACUAGGCCAUGGAAGCUAGAAGUAAAUCGGUUAAAGACAAAAGAAAUUGACCAACAGAUCGUAUUGACAGGAUUGGAUAAACAAGCCCGUGCCAAGCUAACCGUUACGGUUAUUAACCGUUUAAACAAGAAUUAUGAUGAGCCGAGGAAACCAGAAGAUUUUAAGGAAGAAGUUGCAUUAAACAAAUUAGAUACAAUCUGUGAAGUUCCAAUCAUAUUGAUGCAGUUAAUUUGUGUUUGGUUCGAUGAAUUGACACUCGGCAAAUCAAAAUGUUUGAUAUACGGCGGGACGGUCGAUAUGCUUUUCAAAAGGGCUUCCAAAAACAAAGGUGGUCAAUGCGCAGACGGUGCAUGUCUAAAUCAGACGCAAACUCAAGACGAUUUCAAUCGAAAUCUUCCAGAGUGCUUCAUCUCGUUACAAAAUAUCUUAAUACACAAGUCACUUCUUUACAAGAUAGGCAACUUAGCGUUUCAUAGUCUUUUUGGGAUUCCAGACGGAGAAUCAGCAUUAACCUUUGAAAGUUCCAGCGGUAACAUUUACGAUAUAUCAGUCGGUGAGAUGCGUUAUUUGCUGUCUGUAGGUAUCUUAUCAAAGAAUAAAGUAGUUGGUACGCUCUAUCAACGACAACAGAGGCUCAGUUUUCUUCAUAAAAGCUACCAUGAGUUCUUUGCAGCACUCUACAUUGCCAUGCAGGAAGAUGUAGCUUGCGUAGAAAACAAAAUAUUUACCACUUGUAAAACUUUAAGGAUGUUUCUUACGUAUGAAAAUAUGUUCAUCUUUCUGUCAGGUAUGUGCCCAGAGCUUGUUUUAAAGUUAGAGGCAAAGAUAAAACUUAUGCUACUUUCAGAUAAACAAAUCCGUACGUACAGGUCUUUUGCAGAUUACAAGUUUGGAUUUGUUGUUAUGCUACCACCGUUUAGCAUUAUAACAAAUCCGAAAUUUAGUGACGUUCGGGAUGCCGAAAGGUUAUUGCAAUCUUAUCAAACACUUGCUUUACAAUGUCAAGAGGAAAGUCAGCAGACCGUAGGUAGAGGUGUACAGUUGCCUCUUGAAGAUUUUUUCUUACCAGAAACAUAUUCUGAUAAUCUUCGGUCACUUUUUGAAUCAAACAAAGGUAUCCUGAAGUCUAUAGCGACUGAAAAAUAUCAUGACGACCUGCUCGAAAUAAGGAAUGUUGAAAAGAUAUCAAUAAAUUUCCAUAAUAACUUUGACAAUGACAUGGAAAAAUAUUUGGGUUGUUUGAACUCUUCGAUAGAAACUUUAGCAUGCUUAUCUAUUUCAAAUGCUCGUGGCAUGUUUAAUUUGGUCGAGUUGCAGUUCCCUAACUUAACCUCUUUAGACCUGUACGAUAUUUCACUUAAACACCAAGAACUUAUGGAUCUAUUUGAAUUCAUAUCGGACAAGUCAGAUUUGAUCCAACUAUUGCUCUUUCAAAUACGAUGUUACGAGCACAAAGAAGAAUGUAUGGGAAGCAGUCUCAACUUGUCGAGUCACAAUCAACUCAACUUUUUACGUCUACACCAUUUGUUCGAGUAUGGACAGCACGAAACAAGAGUAAAUUGCACAAGUCUUGACACUUUGAUAUUUGAGGACAGUAGUACAGCUACUCAUAAAACAUCUACAUUACUGCUCGAUAUCAAAUGUGCACCUCACCUGUUUGAAUUAACACUUAUAGGAAUUUCAUCUGUGGAUACGUUCAAGACUCUUUUAUCGGUUCUUCCAUCAAUCAAACAUCUGAGAAGAUUAUCAUUAUAUAACUGUGAUUUUGGAGACAGACAUGUAGAAUUUGAUGCAGAAUUCCAAAAGGAAAUAGAACUGAUAUGUUUACUGAAUUCAACCAUGACUUUAAAUUCUUUUGUAAAAUUUGUUGAUAGUAUUCCGUUAAAUACGGAUAGUGUUAUUUCGGUUCACAUGCAGAGUUGCAUGUUUAAUAUCGGAGACAAUGAGAGAUUAGCACAAGAAGGCGUUGAAGCAGCAAGCCGCUACGUGAGGUCAAAACCAAACUUCCAUGUCGUCGUUUGUGAACCUUUUAAAUUUCAUUUUAAGGUAUCAAGUAGACCCCAUUAUUAAAUCCUUGCUACAGGUAUGAUACCAUCACAUGCAAUCGUCGUUCUCGCUUCGGGGUUUUCCAAUAAGUCUUUGAAGAAUACAUUUCUGCUUCAUCCACUGCCUAUUUUCAUAAGUUGGAGGAACACUCUAACAUUUCUCAGUGUCAGCCUAUUAUAAAAGGCGGAAUACAUUUGUGUGUGACAAGUCAAGUUCUGAUAUAAGUAAACAUUUUCAUGAAUGACUAUUAGAUCAAAAAUACUUGGUAUGUUUGAAAUUCUGUUCAUUGCUAUGCUCAUUAUUGGUCGGUUUGCAAUAAAAUGGUAAUGCUGUUAAUUUUCUUCGUAGUGCCAAUACUAGCUAUUAAUGACGGUUGUAAAAACACGUUUGUGUUCUGAUAAAAUUGUUAAUGGUAUAUGGAA